AUGCCCAAAAGAAAGGCUGCGGGUCAAGGUGAUACGAGGCAGGAGCCAAAGAGGAGAUCAGCCAGACUUUCUGCUAUGCCUGUGUCCAUUACACCGGAGUUGAAGCCAAAAAGAAUAGUAACUCCAAGGAAAAUGAAGAUGAAACAUGAUAUGAUGGAAAAAAACGUGAAUACAAGUGCCAGAGCAAUAGCCGAAACCAAGCAAGAAGUUGUUAAAGAAGAAUACAACAGUGAAAAUGCUGAAAAUGGAGAAGCCAAGAUUAUUGAGGCACUAGCUCCUGAAAAAGAAAUUGAGGAGCUGAAAGAUGGAAAAAUAGAAGACGUUGAGGAGGAAGGAGAAAAGAAAGAAGCAUUGAAUAUAUACAAAAAAUAUGCAGUGAUAGCUUUCAACUUUGUUAGUGAAUUCACUUUUGUGUAA